GUACCAGCCUUGGAAGUAGAGCCGGCGAGGAACCUGCAGUUCGCCGGCUACAAUAGGUCUCUUUCGCAGCCGAGGUGCAUCUUCUCCCGGUUCGCGACCGCUCGGAUUUCCUUGAACUGCACCAAAGCGCCCAAGCGCUUGGAAUCGCCUUUUCGGAGCAAAACCCCAAGAAUGAAGAAAACCUUGUUACUGGAGCCUGCCAUUUCCUUAUAUUUUUUUGCCUAUUCUUUGACCACUCCUCUGAAGCAGCAAUAUGUAUACAAGAGGAUCUGGGAAGAAACAACCAACUCUACCUUCAUAGUUCAAGAUAAUAUGUCUCAUUGUGAACUGAAUCAAAGCAACCCAACCUAUGUGAAGCAAAAGGAAGUCCAAGAAAAAGCCUCUCUCUUUGCUAUGAAAACAGAUUUAUGUGGGGCAAUUUUCAGCAUUUUGGUGGCCUUUGUCCUGGUGGCAAAUGGAGAUCGAUAUGGACGCAAAAUCUCAUUAGUUCUUCCCCUGAUGGGGAGUCUUAUCAGCAGCAUCUUCCUCUUUGUUAUGUCAGAUUUAUCUUUGCCCCUCUACCUUUUCUUUGUUUUCUCCUUGGUUGGGGGGCUGUUUGGAGACUUGGCUACUUUUCUUGGAGGAGCCUUUUCCUUUGUAGUUGAUUGCUGUGAGACUCAGAAACAAAAGACCAUCCGAAUAGCUGUGGUUGACUUAAUCUUUGGAUUCACAUCCGGAUUGGGAGGAUUGGUCUCAGGAUACAUUCUAAAAGAAAUAGACUUUAUGUGGACAUUUGCCAUGAUUUCUCUAUUUCACAUGGUCAACAUUUUCUAUGUCAUAUUUUGCUUGGAUGAAACAGUGAAAGUCUCUGCAAUCCAGACACAAUCUUGGCGGGAAGGUCUUAAAGACACUCUUUCUGGAGUAUAUAUGCUCUUUAAAUCCUCCUCCUGUAAGAAGCGAAUUUUAAUCAUCUUGCUGCUUUGCACAUUCAUGACUUACCUUUUCACAAUGUUUGGAGGGCUUAGUCUCUAUGUGCUAUACGAACUGAAUGCUCCACUCUGUUGGGACGCCAUUUACAUCGGAUACGGCUCAGCUGUGUCCACCUCAGUCUCUGUGACUGGAUUCCUGGGGAUUGUUUUCCUUUCUCGGUAUCUGAGAGAUAGCUACCUUGUUUUUAUUGGAAUUUUCUCUUAUAUGGGAGGAAGUAUCAUGACUGCCUUUGCCAACACUACAUUGUUGAUGAUGUUGGUGAGAAUACCAUCGAUGCUCCUUUUCAUACCCAUUCCAGUUAUUCGAGCCAUGUUAUCAAAAAUAGUUCUUCCUAAUGAACAAGGAGCUUUAUUUGCUUGCAUUGCCUGCUUAGAGGUUGUGACUGGGACCAUUUCAAUUACUGUCUUUAAUACCAUCUAUGCAGUGACUGUAGCAUGGUUUCCUGGCUUCAGUUUUCUCUUUUCAGCUGGCUUCUGCAUAAUUCCACUGAGCUUAAUGAGUUGGUUUAUGUAUGUUACUCGGCACGAAGAGGACUACGCGCAACUCCCAACUGAAGAGGGCUGUCCUGGCCAGAAUAACAACAGCUGAACAACCGCUGAACAGAGAAUACACCUAUCAGCUACUGCUCUCACGUUCUAUAAUGGCUUGACCUGUGCAUGGGGUUGCCAGAGUUUCAGUGCUUUCAAUGGCUCCAUUUUGAGAAUUCCACAAUAAUUGAUUGGCUCAAGUUUGCUUGCUGCCCUGUUGCACAUUGCCCUUUGCCCUUUGAUCCAAACUAGGUAAAGCCAUAGUCUACUAAAAAAAUGUAUUUGCUUUGUCAGAUCACAGAUUAUAAAAUUAUUAUGAUAAAUAAGCAAGUUAUGCUUAAAAUAUUGAUUGGAUUAUAUGUGUUUUCUAAUCCAUCCACUAAUCUGUAUCCUGAAUUCAAAAUUCUCAAGAUUUAUUUAUUUAGGUGAGUAAGGUUAAUCCUUCAUGAUCACCCUAUGAAGUAAGUAUCUCUUCUUUUUUUUGUCUCUGUCGGAAUUCUUUAACCUCUAUUAUAUUCAUUGGCUCCUCUUUUAACAAAUGCAUAGGUUUAGACAGAAAGUGUAAAGUAGUUAGUAAGAGAUUGGGCUGGAACUGGGGAGGACUACCCUGUUUCCCCUAAAAUAAGACAUCCCUGAUAAUAAGCUCAAUCGGGCUUUUGAGCCCAUGCACUAAAAUAAGCCCGCCUCCCAAAAAAUAAGCCCUCCCUGAAAAUAUUUAAACACAUGCACAGCUGGUCCCUGCCAUUUCCUCUGGUUAGGGUUAGGGAGACAGAGCUGGAAAUCAGGUAAGACAGCAAGAGGAGCCCUGUCUUGCUCCACACGCCCCAAAAUAAUAAGACAUCCCUGAAAAUAAGGCCAAGCACUUAUUUCAGGGUUCAAAAAAAUAUAAGACAGGGUCUUAUUUUCGGGGAAACAACGGUAGAUAAAGUCUGCUCUCAGCCAUAGUGCAGUCGGAUCCAGACUUAAUCAGACUUAACUUCACUGGUUAUUGUGGAGAAAACAAGGAAGGCCACAGUGUAUAUUGACUUAUAGGCUAAGAACGGAAUGUAAUAACGGUAAAGUUCAGUGAUUCGUAUUCCUUAUAGGAAUUGAAAAGCAAAGAGAAGGAGUGGUGAGCCACCCUGUAAAUCAUAACCCUCCAUUCUCCUAACUUACUUAGUUUUGUAAAGAGGGUAUUAUGUAGAACACGGGUGUCAAACUUGCGCCGUCACGUGACGUUUCAUGACGUUUCUCCCUUUCGUGGAAUUGGGGUGGAUGUGGCCUGUGCGUGAUGCAUCUGGACCACGGGCCACCAGUUUGACACCUGUGAUGUAGAAGAUACAGCAAAAAUCAUACAUUUGCACUCUAGGAUGGAAAAAAGGGUCAACCAAUAGGCAAACAUAGUUUUUUAGUUGAGUCCAAAAAUCUGUAAACUAGAAUUUCCUUCAGAAAAUAGAAAGCAUAUCUUUAUUGAGAAAAAAACAGAGUUUUCUGGUGGAAGGAAGGAAGGAAGGAAGGAAGGAAGGAAGGAAGGAAGGAAGGAAGGAAGGAAGGAAGGAAGGAAAAUGAAUGAAUGAAUGAAUGAAUGAAUGAAUGAAUGAAUGACCAACAGGCAUGUCCUGAUCCAACAGAACUGUAUAAAUUUCUCUUACGUAAUUGAGAAAUCCUUGCUUGGAUACUUGCCUCUACCUCAAAUUUUUCUUAGCAAUUAUAAUGAGCAUAAAAUCAUAGCAAUACUGUAAAGACUUGGAAUCCAAAUGGGUACCAUUAGUAAUUUGUAUCCCCUGUACAGGUGUAUUUUGAAGGGAUAUGGGAAUGAGGGGAAGAGUAAACUCAACUGAAAACCUCUCUUCUUAUUGCACAUGGUCUCUGAAAGCUUUUGCCUCUUGAUUUUAUGAAACCAAACAGAUUUUUCUCAACAAGAGAAGAAUCAUGCCUAAGGCACCAGGCUAGAAACCAGGAGAUUGUAAAUUCUAGUCCCAUAUUAGGCAUGAAAGCCAACUGGGUGACUCUGGGCCAGUCACUCACUCUCAGCCCAGCCCAGCCCACCUCACAGGGUUGUUGCUUUGGAGAAAAUAGAGGAGUAUUAUUAGGUAUGUUCGCCUUGUGCUAUUUAUAAAAAUAAUAAGAGAUAUAUAAAUGUUAGAAUAUUAACAGAAAAAUAUGUUGCCACUACCUGAUGUUUGCCACCUUCUGUUAAAUCCUUAAAUGUGCUCACUGCACUUCUGGCCUAAUGUAUUAAAAUGUACAACUUUAGACAUGCUAGUCACAUGAUCUAUCAAAUCACAUGUGCCAAAAAGAGCCUGCAGACAAAGGCACUGUAAUUUAACACCAGCUGUCUGCAAUUACUGUAAAUUUGAAUCUCAUCAGGCUCAAGGUUGACUCAGCCUUCCAUCCUUUCUAAGGUAGGUAAAUUGAGGACCCAGUUUGUGGGGGCAAUAAGCUGACUUUGUAUAAAAUAUACAAAAGUAUGAAGGCUAUUGCUUAACGCACUGUAAGCUGCCCUGAGUGUCCGGAGAAGGGCGGCAUAUAAAUCAAAUUUUUUUAAAAAGGCAAUUAAUCUGCAAUAUUUCCUCUGUGUUUUCUUUUGAAGUGCACUAUGUAAUUUGACAUAAGAAACAGACUUUUAAUGGUAUUUUGAUUUUGCUUGGGAACUGGCAAGUGGUAGAGCCAUGCAUCAGUGAUUUUAGGAGAAUUUUACUAUGAAUAAUGGAAGUGACAUACACAGGGUCCGCAGUGCUUGUACUGCAAUAUAUAACUGCCUGCAGAGCAGGUUAUUUAUUAUGCCUUCAGGCUGCCAUUGAAGACAAUAUUUAAACUGAGGUGAAAUGAGAAGUGGGUAGCCUAAAUGCAUCAGCAGCGAAGUGCACUUGAUAAUGUAUUGGCUCCAUUGAACACUGUGGUUUCUGGGUAAUUCCAUAUAGGGUUGUACCUUACAAUCUUUAGUGGGUUGUGGUUUUUUGUAUUUUUGUAAGUAUAUACCAUUUUAUUGUUGUUAAUAAAGACUAAAAGCUAUGAUUAGAGAA